AUGUCUCUCAAAGCGGAGAAGCAGGAGGACGAAGAAGAUACGAGCAUGCAACUGGAAAAUGCAAAGGCUGAGGAUGAGGAGAAGGCAGACAAUGUCCUACCCCGUGACCAUGGGGCGGCCAUGCCGACGGAGGCCACAUUCUACGAAAUCGCCUAUGCUGCUUUGAGUGCAGAACUCAAGCGGCACGGCGGUCCUGCCCAGUACCUCCGAACACACAAGAUAUGUGAGGAUUCAAUUUUUUUGACUCAUUUGCAGACCUUUGACCGGAGUGACUUGGACUACCACGGCCCGACGCUGCCAGACAUGGACACAGAGACAAAGUUCAUCUUGAGGCUUUGCGAUUUGGGCAUCAUGCCCGAAUGCAGUCCGAAGCCAGACCCGCAACUGUGCACGGCGCUCGAAUUGCUAGAUGAAUAUUUGAGGCAUACUUUCAUUACUUCGACUGAUGUUUUGCAACUCUUCCAAGGCCCAGAUAGCAACGACAACGACCCCAAGUUUUGGGCGCACUACUUGAAAGGGAUGGCCCGUGCUACCACAAUUUUGUUUGUGGCGCACAGCCUUUGGGUGCGAAAUUGGGAUGUGAGCAUUUUGCAUCCUUCUCUUUUUCGAUCUAUGCAGCAUGUUCACUGCCGCUUGGGAAUUAUUGGAGGCGAUGCCACUGCGAUAGCCCUCGAGAAUGGGAAGCUGAGUGCCAGGGGGUCUAUCCGCAAGGAACACAAUGUCAUUUGUUGGCUUGGGGUUUUGCGGACGCUUACCAAAAAAGGCAUCAGCCCAACAAAUAUCAUUGGGGAAUGGAAUGCGCGAUGUGUCAAAAAGGCAGAAAUCAUCGGACAAAAAAGGUCAGCGCUGCUCCAGCUACUGGCUUACCCGGCUUGCGUUCAGGAUUUGAUUUUGAAGCACAACAGUAUCCUGGGCGAUUCUUCUGCCUUCCGAGAGGAUGCAUUCAAGAACAACCGGCUGCAAUUGGGCUAUGCUCCUCGAGGGAUGCCAGCAGCAUGGUCCAAGCGGCUCACAGUGACAGAACCGGGCUUAUGCCUAAUGCUGAACUAUAUCACGGAAGCACAGAUCAGAAAAGCCCUGGGCAGCAAAACACAAUUGGAUAAGGAAGGCUUAGAAGAAGCGAUGAAGAUGUCCCAGGCCCUCAUCUCUUUGGCAAGCGAACUUCAAGAGCAAGCUCCGGUGAAAGAAGACGAUUUGGACCGUGAUGUUUUCACUCCUUUUCUCAAAGGAGAUUUCAAUCUGGAACUGGCUUUGCAGUCUGCAUUGUCCGACCUCAACCCUAACUUUGCUCCAGCAGAUUUGCCGGCAAUGAAGGGGUUGCUCGCCUCAUCCCUGGCCGCUAGGGACGGCACAAUGGCGAGCAUCGGGGUUGCCAGUACAAUCCAGCCCGGUGACUUGGAGAAGCAGGCUUGGGAAGUGCAAUUUGCCGCCAUGAAGCAUGAUGUGCAAAUUUUCCUGGCAUGGAAGACGCGUUGCCUGGACAGGGACAACGCUAUCUUCUUUCAGAAGCUGCAGCAUUUAGCGAACCGGCAGACCAAAGCCAGAGAGAUUGCCCAGUCUGUCCUCAACGUUGCCAGCCCGCAGUGGUCCAUCUCAAUUGUGCGCUUGGAUCCGGACAAGCAUGGCGCCGAGUCAGAGGCCAACCAUGCCAUUCACGGGCUGCAAAAAAAAAUUGCAGCCUUGCAGCAGCUGCGCAAUGUCUCAGAUAUCUUGAAUGUGGUUUUUUUGAACUGGGCAAACCCGGGCACUUUUUCAGCAAAUGCGUUACGCUUGCAAGCAAGCAUAGCUGGUGCAUAUGUGAACCAACCAGGCACCACAAACCUGGGAAUGGUGGUCAUGCCAUGCUGGCAUUACCAGCCAGGCCAUUUGCACAAAUCAGAGGCGCAGGCAGUGAAACUCUUGACUAGCAAGGGGCUCAACAUUGAUCUCUCCUGCGUCGUGGCAUUCAAAGGAAAAACAGAUGAACGCGAGAAAAGAAGCUUGGUCUACCCUUCCCGGCUUUUGGUCCCGAUGGAUGCAGACCAUUCGAAACUCUGCUACCAAGUUUGGCGCAGCGUUCCGAUGAUGCAGUUGCCUUUGGUCAGUGAGCUUCCAUUGCUGAAAACGAAGGACAUGGUGACUAUCGAGGAUAUCCGCGACGACGCCUUGCCUGAGACAACAAAUCAAGACACAAGGCAGCCACAGGGCGAAAAGCAUCAACAACUUGGCGUUGAAGCAGGCCGCAAAAUCGUGGAGGCACUGUGCACAAACCUGCAGGAGCAACAGCGCGGCGCAUUCGCAUUUAUCGAUGCCACCGCGCACACUCUGGAAUUUGCCAAGGCCUGCUACCUGGAGAACGCCGAAAAAAAGUUGUCAUUGCCUUUGUAUUACAUUGGCUUUGCAGAAGGGGCCGAGAAAUAUGAAUGGUCUUGCUACCAUAUGAAGGCAUGGUUGGCAGAUGGAUUUCUGUCCGGCGCUGUGAAGUUGCCUCCAGGUGCCGUAUUGCCUGGGGAAGAGUUGCCCGAGGGUACUGCAGCGGCCGUCCCUCCACGCCCUGAGUUGACGACAUUGGUUUGGUGCCAGAAAUGCAAAGCGGACGGGCUUCCUACUUUGCGGGUGCCAGACAAAACAAUGGUUACGUGGAGCGACCAUGCCAUGUAUGGUUCUGAUUUCAAAUCUUGGCUGAGCAACUUGUCAGAGCAAGGUGUUCCAAUCAACUUGAAAGAGACGCAGGCACAGAGCAAUGCGGGAACAGGGGGCGCAUCUGGAAGUGGAAAUAAUGCUACCCCGCCUCCCCCAGGCACUGACACAGGACCUCCAAACAAACGACGACGAAAGGGGGCGAAUUCCAACCAAGUGACUUGCGUAGAUGUGCCCACAAUCCCAAUGAGCGAGUUGCCCUCAGCUCUGGCAUGGCAAGCAGACCUUCCAAAGCCCAGUGCUGCAGCCGGAGGCUGCCAAGUGGUCAUUGCUGUUGGCCAAAGGAUUUUCCUGGUGAACCCCACAGAUGCCGAGAAGACCUUGCCCUGCGGCAUGCAAGUUGCAGGUUUCUACAAGGGCACAUUCCAAUUUGAGAAGAAGCCAGCAGACCGGGAUACUAGCGAUGUGCGCUUUACCUUGAAGGACGCCAAUGACAAAGUCAUGUUCCAAAAUGCAUGGCAGCCUUUGCUGGCUAUCAUUCAAGAGAAGCGGAAACUCAGCCCCCUGGACGCGAAAAUCUGCUACUAUGACAUCGUCGAUGCCCCCACCCCUGAAAACAGCAGCUUCUUUACUUUGAACGAGAAGCACAAGGUAUUUUUUCGGCCUGCAGCAGCCGUAGCCAAGCAGGAAGAUCCAAGAUUGACACCUGUGCGUCCGUGGGUGCAGCUUUGCGAACAUGUGAAAAUUCCUGCGCAGUCUGCGGUGGAACUCACCACGUCUGCCACAGGUGCCAAUGCUGCAGCUGCAACCCCUGCCAACUAG